AUGUCAGGCCUCUUUGGCAGCACGACUUCGCCCGCGGCUGCUUCAAGCACCACGGGAGAUGUGUCGAAGGAUGUUGCUCUAACACAACCACCCGAAGACAGUGUGUCGGAUCUGCAAUUCUCUCCAGCAGGCGACUUCCUGGCAGUUUCCUCAUGGGACAAGAAAGUUAGAAUAUAUCAGGUCAACGAACAAGGUCAAAGUGAAGGCAAAGCCGCGAUGGAUUUUGAAGCCCCUGUUCUCAACUGCGCGUGGUCUGAGGACGGACAGAAAGUGGCAGGCGCCGGCGCAGACAAGACCUUCCGUUUACUUGACCUUGGAUCCGGGAACAUGACCCCUCAAUCUCUAGUGGCGCAUGAACAGCCUGUACGAUCGUGUUGUUUUGCCACUAUUAACAACGCGCCUAUCCUCAUCACGGGCUCGUGGGACAAGACUGUCAAGUACUGGGAUCUUCGAUCACCCAACCCGGUAGCCACAUUACAAUGUCAAGAACGGGUCUACACGAUGGAUGUCAGGAACAAACUCCUAGUCAUUGGAACUGCGGAUCGAUACAUUAACAUUGUCGACCUGAAUUCACCCGAGAAAUUCUACAAAUCAAUACAGUCACCCUUGAAAUUCCAAACCAGGGUCGUCAGCUGCUUCACCGAUGCGACAGGUUUUGCUGUGGGCAGUAUCGAAGGACGAUGUGCGAUACAAUACGUGGAAGAGAAGGAUUCAUCAAACAAUUUCAGCUUCAAAUGUCACCGAGACAACCCCACCACCGGACCAAACCGUGAUGUCGCCAAUGUCUACGCGGUAAACGCUAUUUCUUUCCACCCGGUUCAUGGAACCUUCUCCACAGCAGGUAGCGACGGGACGUUCCACUUCUGGGAUGGUAAUGCCAAACAUCGAUUGAAAGGAUACCCGGCCGUCGGAGCACCCAUCACCGCGACAGCAUUCAAUAGGCAGGGUACGGUAUUUGCGUAUGCAGUGUGCUACGACUGGAGUCAAGGUUAUCAGAAGAAUACGCCAACGACACCGAACAAGAUUAUGUUACACGGAGUGCAACCUGAAGAGGUCAAGCCCCGACCUGGAGGAAAGAAGAGAUGA